AUGCAGGAUGCGAGGUACAAACUUUAUCAGGGUUGGUCUCGAGCCCCCACGCUCAGGGUCAGGCGUGGGGGCUACGAUCGCCCCUCCAUCCAUGGUUGCGUCAUUACCAGGCAAAAGUUAACUCCACCAUACUCCAUGUAUGUGCGCUGCCAUACAUCACUGCAGCAACACACCAGAGCCGCCUGGUGCACUGCUCCGCCAUGA